GUAUACAUUUUUACCGGCAUCAGUGGCCAUCUUGUUUGGGCUGUUGUCAGAAAAAUCAAUGUAUACGAGUUAUCAAAUAAUUUGGAAUUAUUUGAAGCAAAUAGUUUGAAGAACUAGGCUCUGUGUAUUGAAGUUCAGCUGGAGAAUAUAAUACUGGCAAGGUAAGGAACAAGUCUGUGCAAAGUACAGUGAUAUUUUAAAACACUUCUUUCCAACUUCAAAGCAUUCAACCAAUUGUGUUUGCAUUAUGUUGUAACCAAGUUAUUAGUUGAAAACAUGCAGUAUGUAACAAAAGUUAUGAGUAACAGUUCUCAAGUCCGCGAAUCUAAAGACUUUUCAGUAGUUUUGUGUUCCGUGUAAAAUCCUCAGUCAUGAUAAAACCAAACCAAAAAGUUAUUAGUUAAAUCAAAAGAAAACAUGUAUUUUGUGAAGAGACGAGAUGAUGCUUGUACAACAAAGUGUUUUUAUGGUAAUGAUGGAGAUGGCUGCUAUUGCCAGCUUUUACCAAUAUGGACUCAGAUAGGGAAGCUUCAUCUGGCAAUGAAAGUGAUUCGGACAGAAUCAAAGAUGGACCUAAGAGCCCUGGUAGCUCUCGUUCCAUUAGUCAAGCAUCAUCACAUGGUGAUGCAGCUUCCUACAAUAGUGAAUCACCACAAUCUCCAGAUAGCAGACCAAAUUCAAGUAAUAGCAGAAGGCAGUCAGCUCAAUCUCCAGACAACAGACCAGACUCCCCAGUUAGCAGACCUCAAUCACAAAACUCAUCAGUGCACAGUGCUGGAAACAACCGUUCAAGAUCACAAUCUCCACACAGUGAAGGUCCUAGAUCACCUUCACCUUAUUCAUCAGAAUCACCAACCGCAUUGAGAAAUGGAUCUAAGAGAUCACCAUCACAUAGUAGCAGAAGCAGCAGUAAUUCUCCAGACAGGAUGAGUGAAGUUUCAAAUAAAAGUGAAUCUUCUCGAGGUUCCAGAAAAGCCAGAAAAGAUGCUAAUUUAGAAGAUGGAAAUUCUUCUGACUCCAGUUUAUCCAGUAUGGAUUCUGGUAGGAGGAAACAAAAAAGAUUUUCUAAGGCUCCAGAUACACAAGAUACUCAGGCAGAAGAGAUAUCAGAUGGUGAUAUGGAACUUGACAAUGAUAAAGAUUCAGUAGAAUUGAAAAAAGCGACUGAAUCAAAUAUUACCCAUGACGCAGAUGAUCUAUCAGACGUUUCCGACUUGGAUGAAUCUAUAGGAGGUGAUUCAGAUAAAGAAGAUGCUUUGUUAUCUCCCAAGGAUACAGAUUAUUCUCCAAAGCGAGUGGAGAAAUCUCAUAGGACUGAAGAAGGCGAAGAACAAUUGGAUUUUGAAGCAGAAGACGGCGAAUGUGCUGAAGCUGAAGUAGUGAAAGACAAGGAGGAUAAAUCCUCGGAGGUUUCGCAUCAGAAAGUAUCAAUUGAGAUUAGCGAUACAGAGGAGAAAAAGGUAUCUAAGAAAGAUGACAAGGAAGAACUAGAAGAAGGUGAAGAAUUGGAAGAAGGAGAGGUCUCUGAUGAAGAUGAGGUAAGACCGGAAGAAACGGAACCUAGGCCAGUAUGUCGUUUCUUUUCACGAGGUCAAUGUACUUGGGGCGCAAGUUGUAGAUUUUUACAUCCUGGUGUUACAGAUAAAGGAAAUUAUACGAUGUUUGAAAUGAUCAGACCUGUCGUACCAGGCGAGUUUGGCAGAGAAGAUCGGGCUGCUUAUAGCGGAAGACCAGAUCCUCCGGCUGUGGAAUCCGCAUGGGAACGAGGAUUACGUACAGCUAAGGAAAUGUUGAGAAAAUCUAUCAAACGAAAAGAGCAAGAUAUUGAUUUCGAAGAGAAGAAAAUGAAUCUUAGUUUAGCUCAAGAGGAAUUUGAUAAGGAAAAUGGUUAUUACCCAAGGGCACCCUCUCCUGAACCCAGAUACACACGCCAUCCUGUACCUGCAGAUUACCAAGUACCAAGGGCGUCAACGGACGAGUACUUUGGCAGGAGACAAGUUAUUUACGAAACAGAAUACCCACCACGUGACCGUGCGAGGCCGACGUUUAGGGAGAUGCCUCCAUCUCAUAGACCGCAUCCGGAUUACCGUUUUGAAGAGGAGGUUCCGAAACAGAGAAGACCUAAACGGGAAGUAAUCGUUCAGCGAACAGUCGAAGAAAGACCGGCACGUGCCGAUGACUGGUCUGAUCCAUGGAUGCGAUCGAAAUCACCAGGGCUGAAAAAAGGAGCUACCGUUGGUGGUGUAGGAGGGAAGAGGUCGUACAGUUCAGGUUCUAGUUAUUCGUCAAGUAGCUCAUCGCGAAGUUCAUCUAGGUCUAGCAGGAGUUCCUAUCGUUCAAGAUCAAGAUCGCCACGCCAUCACAGGAGUAGAGCUGUUAGAGGUGCUGCUGGAGGUGGCAGCAGUGCACGUGGAAGACACGCUGUUUCUCCGACAUUAAUAGUAUCCGAAAGAAAAGCGGCAAAUGAACGUGCCGCUUUAAUGAAUCCUCCUGCGCCUAGAAAGAAGGCCGUAUCACCUGGUAUGAUGAGGGUAGGAGCUCAGAACCCACCAGCACCUUCAACGAAAGUGGAUGGAAGAAGAAAACUGGCCGCAGCACUGGCCAGGGUUAAAACCCGCAGGAAAUCUUCUCGUUCUUCAUCCGGUAGUAGCUCCGGUUCCAGUUCUAGUGAUACUGAUUCAUCUUCGAGCAGUUCAUCUUCAAGAGAUAACAGUCCACCGAACAGAAGGGCAGGAGGUGUUGAUUUAGCGUUAGCUAUAAAAACGAAGGAGCUGGAUGCCUUCAAAGGAAAUUCAGAAAAAAGACCUAUAAAAUUGACUUUGAAAAAUUCAGCUGGACGAAAACCGGACGCUGGAAAUAGCAGUAAAACGACAGAGCCUAGUUCCAACAACAUAAAGAAGAGGAUGGCAUCAUCACCGCCACCAGGGGACAAAAGUAAGAAAGGGGCCGGAGCUAGUUCCAGACGCGAAGAAUUAUUGAAGCAGCUAAAAGCAGUCGAGGAUGCCAUUGCUAAGAAGAGAUCAAAAGUUAACUAAUUAUAGCUUUCUAUAAUUUAAACGUACUUUAUACUAAGCAUUAC